AUGCCCCGGGGCCGGGCCGCCUACCUGGGUCAAGGUCGCGGCGGUCCCGUCCCGUCAGCGCCGCAUCUGGAGAGGGCAGAGGAGGCGUCGGACGCGGAGCCGGGACCCCCCGGGGCCCCGCGCCGCUCCGGGCCCCCCCGGCACCGGGCCCCUGCCCCACGGCACCGCGACACACCCAGGCCCGGUCCCGCCACGGCUCCCCCGCCCCGGACACGGCCUGGCCCGACCCAGCCCGGCCCGGGCGGUUCCGCACGGCCAAGGGCGGGCGGCGGCCCGGGCGCGCCGGGACCGCGGCGGAAGCUCGGUCGGCCCGGCCACGGGGCCCGCCCCGCCCGCGGUGCCCGCCGCUGCCGCCGUGCACCAUGCGGGGUGUCCCGCUGGCGCUGUCCCGGCCGCGCCGAUCCCCCCGGUCCGUCCCGGUCCGUCCCGCCGCUCACCGCCCACCCCCGCCGCGGGCCCCUCACGCCCGGCGCCAUCUUCGCGCCGCGCCCGACGCACCGCGCUGGCCCCGCCCACCCGGCACGGCCCCGCCCACCACACCUUGGGGGCGCGGCCCGGUUGACCCCGCAUGGGCACCCCUGGAGCCAAGUGACCCUGUAUGGGCACCCCCGGCACCGAGUGACCACGUACGGGCCCCCCUGGAACACCGCCACUCCUCAGAGGUGGACCCUUGACCCUGCCGGGGACUGGCACUACUGGUGGAUCAGCCUCAUGGUGCUGCCCAUCCUCUACAACUGGGUCGUCCUCAUCCUCAGGUGCUGCUUCCCUGAGGUGCAGGAGGCACAUGCGGGGCUGUGGCAGGGCCUGGACGGGCUCAGUGAUGCACUGUACCUGCUGGACAUCGCUGUGCGCCUCCACACAGGUUUUCUGGAGGAUGGCAUACUGGUGCAGGACAUCAGCCGGCUGCGGAGGCGCUACCUGUACUCCUGGGCCUUCGUCUGGGAUGUGGCAGCUGUGCUGCCCACUGAGCUGCUCUGCCUGCUCCCGGGGGUCCCAGGGGUCCUGGGGGUGCCGGUGGCACGUGCCAACCGCUGCCUGCGGGCACCACGGCUCUUCGAGGCCUUCGACCGGUGCGAGACACACACGGGGCGGCCCAACGCCUUCCGCGUGGCCAAGCUGAUGAUGUACCUCGUGCUGGGCAUCCACUGGCACGGCUGCCUCUACUUCGCGCUGUCGGUGCGGCUGGGGCUGGGCACCGACCCCUGGGUGUGCCCCGCCUCAGCGCGCCCGCUGCGCCAAUACCUGCACAGCUUCUACUUCUCCACGCUGGUGCUGGCCAUGGUGGGCGACACGCCGGAGCCGCGGCACGAGGAGGAGUUCCUCUUCACCAUGGCCGGCUUCCUGCUGGCCGUGCUGGGCUUCGCCACCAUCACCGGCAGCAUCAGCGCCGUCAUCGCCAACCUCAGCGCGGCCGACGCCGCCUUCUACCCCGACGCGGGGCCGGUGCGGCGGUACCUGCGGGCUCACGGCGCGGGCGGGCGGCUGGUGGGGCGCGUGGCGCGCUGGCACCAGCACCUGCGCAUGCAGCGCAAGCUGCCGGCCGAGCAGGCCGUGCUGCAGCACCUGCCGCGGGGGCUGCGGGCCGAGGUGGCGGCCAGCGUGCACCUGCCGGCCCUGCGGCGCGUGGGGCUGUUCCGCGGCUGGGGGCACGAGGUGCUGCGCCAGCUGGUGCUGCGCCUGCGUCCGCAGGUCUUCGGCCCCGGCGAGUUCGUGUGCCGGCGCGGGGACGUGGGCCGCGAGAUGUACUUCGUCCGCGAGGGCCGGUUGGCCGUGGUGGCCGAGGACGGCGUCACGCAGCUGGCCGUGCUGGGCGAGGGGCUCUACUUCGGGGAAAUCAGCCUCAUCAACAUCAAGGGGAACACGGCGGGGAACAGGCGCACGGCCAACAUCCUGAGCAUCGGCUACUCCGACCUGUUCUGCCUGGGCAAGGAGGACCUGGCCGAGGUGCUGGUCGAGUUCCCCCGUGCCCGCGCUGCCAUGGAAGCCAAGGGCCGGGAGCUGCUGCUGGGCAUGGGCCGGCUGGACACGGGCGCCGAGGCAGCGGCGGUGGCAGCCGAGGCCGAGGCUCAGCGGCAGCUGCAGGGGCUGGAGGUGGCCCUGGAGGGGCUGCAGACACAGGCGGCCCGGCUGCUGGCACAGCUGGAGGCCAGCGCCCUGCGCAUGGCCCUGCGCAUCCAGCGCCUCGAGGGGCGGCUGCACCUGAGGCAGAAGCGGGACAAGCCAGCGGGGAUGGCUGGGGCAGCAGGAAUGGCCACACCACAGCAGCUGGCCAGGACGCGGGGUCCUGCUGGGGGACAGAGUCCCCCCAGGGCACAGGGUCCAACGGAGGUGCAGUGUCAACUCAGGGCCCGUGCUCCUGUUGGGGACUGGGAUCCCUCCAAGAUGCAGGGUGCCCCCAAGCACACGGACACCCUGGAGGACAGGGUCCCCCGAGAAUGA